UUAAGUAAAUUAAAAUUUCGAAUGUAAAAAAAAAUCAGUUUUAUAGUAUUAUUAGAUAGAAUAAAUAUCACAUAGCUAUCAUGUUGCGAGAUUAUGCAGACUCAUACGAACCACUUAUUAUGAAACAAAUUUCUCCGACAGAAUUUGAAGUUAUGGAUGAUUUUGACUACAAUGCAAUUAAAGAUGGUAAAUUUGCUCCUGGUUACACACAAUUGAAUCAGCACAAUUAUGUACAACUGCCUACUGGUUUAAUAAAACCUAAAAAAGUAUCUCAAAUGAAAUUCAAAUUUACUCCUCUAAAAUCUGCUGAAGAAGAUGAUGAUACUCAACCAGAUGUGCCAAAACAAUCACAAUCAGUACCUAAAAUGGCAUCUAAUGAUGGCAUGUCAUCAUCAUCAUCAUCAUCAUCAUCGUCUUCAUCGCAAUCAUCUUCAUCAGAUGAGGAACCAGUUAUGACGAAACAACCUUCUUCGUUAUUAUAUAUUUAAAUAAUGAAAAAUUUACACGAAACAAUCGAUAAUAUAAAUGAUCACAUUGUCGUUCAUUUACAAAUUCCUUUUUU